ACCACCAUUUAGAAAUAUAUAGUACUGAAUGUGUAGUAUUGAAGUGUAGUUAUUGAAAUUAUAAAGAGAAGAUGGCGGACAGUCCUUUGCUGGAUUUGAAAAGCAGACAACAGUGCAACUCCGGAGGUUUGGAGUCUUCGGUGGACAGUGGAGAUGAGCUGCCCAUCCCUCAACACAUCUCUAUCAGUCACAUCACCUGCGAUUCCUUUAAGAUCGGCUGGGAUCUGGAGGAAAACAGCAGAGACCGGAUCACUCACUAUUUCAUCGAUCUCAACAAGAAAGAGAACGCCGGCUCCAAUAAGUUCAAACACAAGGAUGUCCCGACAAAGCUGGUUGCCAAGGCGGUGAGGCUCCCCAUGACGGUCCGUGGCCAUUGGUUUUUGAGCCCCAGGACCCAGUAUACUCUGUCAGUGCAGACCGCAGCCAAGCGCCCUGACGGAGACUACACAGUGUCCAAGUGGAGCAACAGUGUGGAGUUUGGUACAGCAGAUUAUUCUUCGGUCCACCUCACUCAGCUGCUACAGAAGGCUGAGGCACUGGCCGGCAGGAUGCUCCCUUUCAACGUUUUCUACAGAAACCACCAGAGGGCGUACUUUGAAGAGAAAGGUCCCUUGUUUAGUUCCAGAGAUGCCGCCUGUAGCCGUAUGUUGCCGUGCGUUAAAGACGACAGUGGAAGUCACGGAUCUCCAAUCAGCGGAAAACUGGAGGGAAUCUUCUUCAGCUGCAACACCGAGUUCAAUACUGGAAAACCUCCCCAGGACUCUCCCUAUGGGCCAUACAGAUUUCAGAUCCAAGCCGACCUUCUCUUCAAUCAAAACACCAAUCUAUAUUUCGGCGACUUUUACUGCAUGUACACCUCCUACCAUUACGUCAUUGUUGUCCUGGCCCCAGACGGAUCCAAAUGGGACCUCUUCUGUAAGGAACGCCUGCCUAGUCUGGAACGCUCCUCCAACCGUUUCCUGUCCUGUACCAAGAUGGAGGACGGCUCUCUGCAUUUCCAACAUGCCCAAGAUGUCAUUUUGGAAGUAAUAUUUACGGAGCCGGUGGAUUUGGGUUUGGGAACAGUAACGCAAAUCAAUGGACAUCAACUCAUGAGUUUAUCCACAACUAACGCUAAGAAAGAUCCAAGCUGCAAAGUCUGUAACAUCAGCGUUGGGCGGUGA